AUGAAGUUUGCUGGCAUUGCUGCAGUCCUCUUGGUUUCUUUUGCCCUUUUCUCUCUUCUUGACGCCGACUCGCAAGAUAAACCAGAAGAACCAAUUCUUGCACCAAUACCAGAACCAGUUUACUGUCGUUCGAAACAAAUGUUCAAGGGAUCAUGCAAAGACAGAGGCAGUCCAAGCGCCACUUGUUUCCUUGACUUCUUAGGUGCACGAAGUGCAAGUGAGAUGCCUAAGAACUGCCAUUGCACUCCUAAACCCAAAAACAUGCGUCUUUGUGAAUGUCAAGUUGUUUGCAAGGAUUGUUGUAAUUAACUAAAUAUGUUCUUAGAGUUACAAAAAAGUAACUAGUGUUAUCUUUACUUAUUUUCAGCAUAUUUUCAAUUAUUAUCAAAUUGUAGGCAUCGAUAAUAUCCUAGAUCUCAUACACUAUUUUCAGAGAUCUGAGUUCAGUAAUUUUCUUAAUUACAUUAAUUUCUUUUAGAAACAUGAUAAUUAAUAUCUUAAUACAUUUUGCUCCAGUCUCGCAACUGGACCAAUUGAUUAAUAGUAUUAAAAGUUUUGUACAUGUUUUUUUCUUCCGCAAAAUGAUUCUGCUUAUUUCUGCAACAUAUGGUAUUUGCUUACAGUGGUAUUUGAUGUAUAAAUACAGUAAAGUUGGCUUCAGAAAUAAACACUAUUAGUUUUUAGACUGGGAAGACGAGCUAUUUUGCCACGUGUAGUAUCAUCUUAUAGUACUAUAUGUCUCCUAAACUAUAGCCUCAUUCCAGAUGUUCCCGAAACAAAACGUUGAAGCCUAUUUUUCCAUGCAACUCAAUUUGAAAUUGGUUCGCAAAACCAAACAGAAAAAAACUCAAAAAUAGAACCAAAACCUAAUUUAGUUAAACCCAAACAAAAAAAAAGUGAUCCGGCCAUCAUCCUCUUCCUCACCCCUUUUUUUCCCUAGAUUUUACCCAAAUUCUUCUUCACCUAAUCCUAACCCAAUACUUCUUCAUUUACAUAUGUAUUGCUUCCAUUAAUUAAUUUCUUCUUCUUCUCUCAUUGUUUUGGAUAUGCUUGUUUAAUCUUGUCACUAGCAACACAGUCAUGUUCUCUAGAGAGACUAGUUCAUUGGUUUAGAAGUUUUGAUUCGACGGCCCCACCACCUCUAUUACCAAUAAACACAUUUUUUCUUUAUGUCUUCUCCUUCAACCCCAUUCUAAUUCAGAUCUUAGACAAGAGAAUCAAACCUCUUAUGUUUUGAAUUUUACUGGAUAAAUCAAAUCUCUUAAUCGAAGAAAACUAUCAUCAGUGUCUCAAGUUUAAUGAUAUUUAGACAAGAACAUCUCUGGAUAGAGAAGACAAGUCUCACGUAGAAGUAGAAGAAAAAGGAAGAAACUUUGUGUGUUUUAUGAUUUUGAUUUCUAUGGCUACGUCUACUAUGGCUUCAAGCUGGGUUCUUGAAAAUUUCUGAAUCUUUGAAUUCAGCCAUGUUUACAGAUUGAUGAAGAAAUAGGAAGACCAGAAGCGUUGGUUUUGUCUUAUUUUUAUAGAGUCUGUUUUUCUUAAAUCGGAUCGGGUUUAAUUUUGAAUUUGGUUUAGUUUUGGUUUAUUAUUAAAAUUUUGGUAGUUUUGGUUUAUUAUUAAAAUUUUGAUAGUUUUGGUUAUUAAAAAUUUUAAACCUAGUAAUUUAAUUUUAUGGGGUCAGGGAUUUCGAACGUUUAAUCUAAGGAGAUAAGGGUGGGCACUUUAUCCGAUAUCCGAAGCCGCAUCCGAACCCGAUCAUAAAAACUCGAACCGAAAUCCGAAUCGAAGUAGCAAAAUAUCCGAACGGGUAUUGAAUUAGGAGAGAUUAGAUAUCCGAACCCGAACGGGUAAUAUCCGAACCCGAAUGGAUAUCCGAAGAUAACCGAACAUAUGUAUAAUUAACCAUAUAUUUCUAGUUUACAUCUCUCAUUUUAUAUAAAAUAUUUAUAUUGAUACUAUACAUACGUUAAGUUCAUAUAAUAUA